AUGACUUUCAUCUUCACCAUUCCCGCCCCCAUUGCUGCUUUCUACUCCUUCUUCCCCCUCAAAACAUACCCACCAAUAAAGCUUCUCAGUAAGACAGUAGUGACAGCGCCGACGCUAUGGAUUCACCCGCCCCGUUCGACGUCUCAACCGCCAGAUAGUCUCCUGAGCGCAGACGUGGAGUGCCUCAAAUGGCAGGCAUACCUAGCGCUCCGUGGGCUUACAGCAAUACGCCUUCGCUGGGACAUAGCGCCUGAAGGGAGCAUAGAUGGCUCUCUUCCCAACCUACACGUUCCAAUGUCCGAAUCACUUAUCAAGGACGCGAAACUGAGACAAUCCGAAGGCGCUGAAGAUGGCGAAAUAUUGGCUGCACAUUCGAUUCCUACCUGGGUUGACGCAAAACUUGGCGUCGAUAGUGGUGCGGACCUACUUGAAGGAUACAGAGACCAAGAAGCACGGGUAGAAAGCAGAGCUUGGGUCUCACUUCUCGAGGGCAUCAUUCAUGCAGCGCUAAUUAUCUCUCAGCCCGCUCCUUCGUACCUGCACUCCCUUAUCUUUCCGAUGUCGAAGCCCCCCGUGAGCGAGAACCUCCAAAAGAUCCUAGCAGUCCCACCUGCGUCGCUUACUGGCCUCUGCUCCUUAAUACCUCCCACUGGAACGCGUAUAAAUACUGCGUCAAUCAUUUCUCAAUACAAAGAGGCGGUCUCCUCUCUGUCCCAGCGUCUAGGAACUGACAAAUGGUUUUUGGGUUCCAGCCAACCGACGCCUCUCGACGCGUUGGCAUUCGCGUAUCUCCAUUGCAUAUUACACUCCCCCGACACCAUUCGCGCUGGAGUCACCCGUCACGUCAAUCUCGUUGCUUGGGAGUGGAGAGUCCGCUGUCUUGUGCGUGAAGGUUUUGCCCGAUAG